CAGUCCUCCCAUCAGCAGUUCUGAUCAUGACGAUGACGAAUCCUUCAACGGCGAGGGCCGGUCGCCUUCCUCUAGUGACCAAGGAUCGCCUUCGACUGAGCUAGCAGAAUGCUGUCCAAGCGAAUCCGGGACAGGUGGUGGCGCUCAUUUGGGCGUUUUGGACGAGUUCACGGCAUAUCAACGGGACAUCCUGCUUAUUGAUGUGGACCACGACGACUCGGAGCUCUUUGACAUCCUACCCCAGGAGAGUCCGCUGAAACUGGGUUCCAACAUAGUUCACAAAAACCCAAAGACUUUGACCGCAUAUGGAGCGUCGCAGACCUUCAAACAAAGUUGGACCCCAGUUAAUAUAAAUCGUCCGUGCGACAGCUCAGACAACGAGGAGAACCCGAGCAGGCCCUGGCGGCCUAAGAAGAGCAACACUUCUCCCAAAAGCCAACGCAACCUAUACGGAAAAGAAAUCGCCACCAAACCGAUGGUAGUGGAUCAAAACUCAGUUCGGGUUAUUACAUAGACACCGACAGCGUUUUAAUUGUUACUUUCGGUGAUUGAACAGGACGCAUCUUACGCCGGCAGAGAUCGCAUAAGCGCAGACAUCCAGGAAAGGGACGCGCAAGUUGAGGCAGAGAGCCAAUCGCGUCACCCCGUCCCUCCGCUCGGGCCAGCGUGGAAAGGUCCAUCGAGGCCAAAAACUGCAAACAAGACUGAUCUGAGGUGUCCGAAAAUUAAUUUUUACUGCAACGUGUUCUUCGGUGGAUCGCAGUCCUGUCACGACAACAUAUGCCGCUUUCUGCAUGUGCCGAUGAAGGGCGACGAGAAGUUCUGUGUCAACACAGUGUCGCGUUUCACCAAAAAUCCAUUGUGCCUCCAGAAAGCAGUGGCUUUGUUCACAAGCUACUACCAGCACAACAUCCCCGGAAUGUUUUUCUCCGUGCCCGUGUUUCUCUCCCUCCUCUGGACUCUGCUGAAAGCGGACAUCAUAGCUGAUGUUCUGUCGGUGCUCUGUGUCGCCUUGGCUCAUAAAAUCGUGCCUACUCAUGAGUUCCUGCUCGCUCUUUUCACCUGUGUGAGAGAAAAAGGCUUCACAAGCGGCGUGCCUCGCCUCCUGCAGCUAACAUACAAGAUGGCCAGUGAAAAUCUAAUGCUGAGCUUGGAUUGCUUCGAUGGUGUUCGAAACAUUCCCGAAUUCCAGCAGAUCAUUGAUCCAAAUGUGCCUGAUUGUCAAAGACCAUCUGUGUCCGACGGCGUGCCCAUUUCAUGCUCCUUGAUCUUGGCCCAUGUCAUUGUGGAGAUCGAGCUUUGUACACAGCAAGAGGACUGGUGCUGCCUGGGGAAAGCCUUUCGCUCCGUUUGCACACCCUGCCAACAUCCCAGCCAAGUGGAGCGCAUCAGCGGGCAUGUCGCUGUCGCUCUUCUGUCCAAGACCAAAGACAAUCUGUCUGUGCCAUUUGCGGCGUUUGCUGAGACAACUUGUCCCACUGAAGAUCCAAACUCCCUGUUGAUGGGUUUCAUUGGCAGAAUUGGAGUCUCUCUCAUGCAAAGAUACCAUAAAACUCAACAGUGGGCCAAGGGUCGGAGUCUGAUGGAGGUGCUGACCCGGUUUAAGAUCAACUACUCGAUGCAGAGAGGUUUGUUUGCCAAUGAGGACGGCGGCUCACGCUGCAACCUGAUCACCUUGGCAGCAGAGCUCUUCUUCCUCGGCGGCAGCCUGGAAGGAGCUCUGCAAACUCUCCGAGAAAGCAAGUGGUUUGUGAGUUCAAACAUUUGGCCGUGUAAGGAGCCCGACCUGGAGAGAAGAAGUCGCCUACUCGCCCAUCUGGCUGAGAAAGCCUCACACAGAGAUGCAUUAGAGGUCCUGCGUAAUCUCCCGGGAAUACAAAAGCCUAACGACCAGGUUGACAUCUCUAAAUACACCCCCUUGUUUAAUACUCACCUGCAAGUGUGUGUGGACAGACUGGUGCUCCCCGUGGCCUCAGACUUGGCGUACUUAAUGCUUUCCAGAAAGGUACCCGUAGAUGGCGCUGUGCUGCAGGCGCUUUUGCACAAGCUAGGGAAACAAAACCAGUGGCAACGUGCGCGCGAACUCUUCGGGCGCUCUCUAACCGCCGGCCAUUACCCAGCUGUGUCGGCCCCCGCUGAGUUCAUGUCCCUGAUCGUUCCCAGUCAACUGGGGGAGGUGGAACUAGCUCUCACAUUUGAGAUGUUCAUCACUGUCAAUGCUUCAUUCAUUCUCCCCCUUCCUGAGAUGACACCCGCCACCUUCAACAUCAUCCUGAAAAGGAGUCAGGAGAGCGAGAAAGAGUACCUCUCAGCUGGUAGCCGCCUGCUCUCAGCGGCCCUCAUUCCUCAGCCCAAUCUGGAGGUCCACUACAUCACUGUAAACUCCUCACAGGAACAAGUCUUCACACUUAGCGUUGCCUCGGCCCUACGAUGGCUGCGUAGAAAUCAGAUGUGGGCAAACAAGUUGUGGAGUGAGUUUAUAAAGUAAGUAAGUAAAAAAAAAAAAAGAAGAAUUUCAUAAAGUAAUGCAAUGUAAGCGUUAUUGUUUUGACAAUAGUGUGAUUGGUUUAUUGUAUGAGCUAUGUAAGUAUUGUUACUGUACUUUGUAUAGUUUGGUUGUCAUACUUUUACAAAAUGUUCUCAGUGUUCAGGUAUAAAGUUCUA